GGACUUCCUGUUUUGCCUGCUACCAUCUCCCUGUAACUCUCCCAAUCUUCGAGGAGUGAUCCCUGGCCCAGCUCCUGGAAAGGGACAGGAACGACAAACUCAAAGUCCAGAGUCCAGCCUGUUACUGUGAAUGGAACCGAGAUUUGCCCUCUACCCUCACCUAAGCUCUCAUCCUACGCUGCCGGCAAUAGGCGGCUCAUCUGUUAUCCGUUGUGUAAAUGACUAGAGGAUGUUCACCAUGACAAGAGCCAUGGAAGAGGCUCUUUUUCAGCACUUCAUGCACCAGAAGCUGGGGAUCGCCUAUGCCAUACACAAGCCAUUUCCCUUCUUUGAAGGCCUCCUAGACAACUCCAUCAUCACUAAGACAAUGUACAUGGAAUCUCUGGAAGCCUGUAGAAAUUUGGUCCCUGUAUCCAGAGUGGUGCACAACAUUCUCACCCAACUGGAGAGGACUUUUAACCUGUCUCUUCUGGUGACAUUGUUCAGUCAAAUUAACCUGCAUGAAUAUCCCAAUCUGGUGACGAUUUACAGAAGCUUCAAACGUGUUGGCGCUUCCUAUGAACAGCAGAGCAGAGACACACCAGUCCUACUUGAAGCCCCAACUGACCUAGCAGAAGGAAGCUCCCUCCGUACCCCACUGGCGCUGCCCUCACCACAACCCCCUCAACCAAGCUCUUCACCCUGUGCACCAAGAGUCAGUGAGCCUGGAACAUCCUCGCAGCAAAGCGAUGAGAUCCUGAGUGAGUUGCCCAGCCCAUCUGACCCUGUCCUGCCUCUCCCUGGACUCAUCCAGGAAGGAAGAAGCACUCCAGUGACCAAUGAUGAGUUAACAUCCAAAAUGAAUGAGGAAGACGACUCAGAAGAGAUGCCCAGCCUCCUCGCUAGCACUGUGCCAGUGGCCAGUGACGACCUGAUCUCCCAAAUAAAAGAUAAAGUAGAUCCCCAAGAGACGCCCCACUCUCCGUUGGGCUCUAUGCCAGAGAUAAGAGAUGAUUCUCCAGAACCAAAUGACCCAGAAAAGCCCCAGGAGGUGUCCAGCACACCUUCAAACAAGAAAGGAAAGAAAAGAAAAAGAUGUGUCUGGUCAACUCCAAAAAGGAGACAUAAGAAAAAAAGCCUCCCAAGAGAUGCAGCCUCACCUAGACAUGGAAUCCAAAAGAAGCUCAAAGUGGUGGAUCAGGUUCCUCAAAAGAAAGAUCACUCAACUUGGAACUCCACGGUAGUGACAAGGGUCCAAAAGGCGAGAGCUGAAUGUGCCCGAAACUCCAGAUCAGAGGAGAUCACUGAUGACACUUCAAAAAUGAAUGAAGGAAAGAGGUCCCAGAAGACGCCUAGCACACCAUCAAGGGUCACACAAGAAGAAAGGAGAAAAGAAUAUGGCCAGUCAAGUUCAAAAAGAAAACAGAAAAAAAAACUCCCAAGAGAGAAGCUCCAAGUGGUGGAUAAGGUGACUGGAAGGAUAGACGACUCAACCUGGAACUCAAAGGUCAUGAUGAGCAUCCAAAAGGCAAGAACUGAAUGUGCCCAGAAGUCCAGAUCAAAAGGAAAACCCAAAAGUGACCCUGUGGAUUUUCACUGUUCUAAGCUCCCCGUGACCUGUGGUGAGGCGAAAGGGAUUUUAUAUAAGAAGAAAAUGAAACACGGAUCCUCAGUAAAGUGCAUUCAGAAUGAGGAUGGAACUUGGUUCACACUAAAAGAAUUUGAAAUGGAAGGAAAAGGAGGAAACACAAAGAACUGGAAUCGGAGUAUACGUUGCGGAGGAACGACCCUAGCAGAGCUGCGGAAAGUAUUAUAAUGACAAGCGACAGAUAGGUGACGGGUUUAAAUCCUUGAAGGAGAAGUGGGGUUUUGACAGCAGAAAUGUGAAGAGCUCCCGUUAGGAUUCAAGAGCAUGAUUUAAAAGGAGUUAAAUGUUCACAGAAAAAAAAUUGUGGGUGACAAAGUUAGGAGCACAGAUUGUUCCUGAUGGUGGAGAACUUUAAAUGCAAGUAAAGGAGUGCAGGAACUUUAAAUGCAGGCAGAGGGCUUUGAGGUCAAGAGAGAUGUAAGACGCUCAAAAGAAACUAGCUGAACAGAUGCCUGCGAUCGCUCCUCUGCAUCCUCUACCUGACACCUAUUCAAGGCCAGCUCAUCUGGCCCCCUGCAGCAUUUCCAGACUGCCCAGUCCAUGGUCCAUCUCUCUGCUGCGCGUCCACAGCAGGCUAUUCCUGUCCUGAGAACUAGUCUCUGUGAUCCCAGGACCCAACACAAGGCCCCUCUCAGUAACACUCAAGAAAUUAUCACUAGGAUGAAAUCAUAAAGAUUUUAUCUAGAGAGGAAAAAUGGAAGAAGGAAGGAAUGGAUGGGAAAGAGUAAGAAAGAAGAACUUGGGUCAUGGGUUUGAGUGACAGGGGAAAAAGUGAUUUUAUCACUAAGUGAGGUCCAGAAGAAAAACUGACUGGGGGAGGGAGCUAAUUUUUCUUUUUGACGCCUUGGGUUUGAGAUCCAGUGUGGUGUCUGGGUACAGAUACUCAUAGGAAGUGGGAAGGCCGGUAUCUGCAGAAGAAAAACCUCCAGAAUAACCUCAUUCAUUGACUCCUUCUGUCUUUCAGAAUGGACUUUUGCUCUGUCCUCCAAGAAUAAAUCUCAAGAGAGAGUUAAAUAGCAAGUGAAUUUCUACUACCCUCUCAGUCACCAUGUUGCAGACUUUCCCUGUCUGGAGGCUCACCUUAGAGCUUCUGAGUUUCCCAGCUCUGAGUCACCUCCACAUUUGGGCAUGGCAUCUUCAAAACAAUUUUCGUAGUUAAUUUGGGAUGGGGAAGCAAAUGACUCUAAAAUAAAAAUUAAAUGAAAAAGCU